CGGUCACACUAGCAGAGACACCAAUUUUGUUUGUCAUCGGCAUUCUGCGUUCAACUUUUCCAAUUGUUUUAUAGGAUCUUUUAAAAUGGCUCUGGCUGAAAUCUGCAAGAUAAACAAUGCUCCAUACAUGAAGCCCACUGCCUGGUCUUCAGAGGAUGUGGAGGACGACCUGAAGGGGCUCACCUGCAAUCUGGCCAAUCCCUACACACUGGCUGCUCCGCCAUUCGAGAAUCCCCUUCAAAACCUCAACCAGAUCCAGGCCAAUGCCGACAAGACCGGCAUCAAAAUCGACUUUGAUCACGGCACCACAACGCUGGGCUUCAAGUUCAAGGGCGGCGUUCUCCUGGCCGUGGAUUCCCGUGCCACUGGUGGCUCGUACAUUGGCUCCCAGUCGAUGAAGAAGAUCGUGGAGAUCAACCAGUUCAUGCUUGGCACCCUGGCCGGCGGCGCCGCCGAUUGUGUGUACUGGGACAGGGUGCUGUCCAAGGAGUGCCGUCUGCACGAGCUGCGCAACAAGGAGCGCAUCUCGGUGGCCGCCGCCAGCAAGAUCAUGGCCAAUAUUGCCCACGAAUACAAGGGCAUGGGCCUGAGCAUGGGCAUGAUGCUGGCCGGCUACGAUAAACGUGGUCCUGGCCUGUACUACGUGGACUCGGAGGGAUCCCGCACUCCUGGCAAUCUGUUCUCCGUGGGCAGUGGAUCGCUGUACGCCUACGGAGUGCUAGACUCCGGUUACCACUGGGAUCUGGAGGACGAGGAGGCCCAGGAGCUGGGUCGCCGAGCCAUCUACCAUGCCACCUUCAGGGAUGCCUACUCUGGCGGCAUCAUUCGCGUGUAUCACAUUAAGGAAGACGGCUGGGUCAACAUCUCCAACACCGACUGCACGGAGCUGCACUACAAGUACAAGGAGCAGCAGCAGGCCGCUAACUAGAGUUUGGAUUAGGAGAAUAUAAGAUAUUCUAUAAAACGAAGUUUGUAAUUCUUGGAAUAAAUCAACAUGAUAACGUA